UUUAUUUUGUUCUCGUCAGUCGUUCGCGGUAGUGCUUCGUAAAAUUUGUAAUUUUAUCCAAAAUUUCGUCUUAUUGUAGUGUAAUUUUGUUAUCUGAGUUUUCACAAAAUAUCAAACCCUCAAAAUGGAUCAUUAUCCUACGGAAGAAGAGGAAUACGAAUUGAUGUAUGCCGAUGAUAUGGAAGCUUUGGACGAAAUGGAUGUAGAACUGAAUCCAGUUUCAAGAGAUGACAAAACAGCAAAUCCUCAUCGUGCAUCGACGUCCCAUUCGCAUUAUUCCCGUCCACCGUUGGAUAGCCCUAGCCUGUCUCAAAUCAACGGAGAGAGUCCACUGCGAAGUCCUGCGUAUUCGGUCAUUUCCAGAAAUUCCACUACCAUCAAUAAGCGUUUGUUCGAUGGGGAAAGAGAAUACGGUCGGACGGCGUCCACGCCGUUUCCGGGGACGUCCCAAUCUGCAGGAUCGGAUCCUUUGGCAGAAAUUCAAAACAUAGGUCUUAAUCCGCGGAAGAGACGUCUGGACGCCCUGUUUGGCGACAUUCAGGACAUUGAGGACGACGGCAGUGUGUAUGACUUCUGCCAGCAGGCUGUUACAAAGAAGACCAAAACUGAAGAGGAAAUGGAUAUGGAGUUGAUUGAAAAGAUCCUGGAGGCGAGAAAGCGUUUCCAGGCGAUUGUCCAUCCCACCAAAGCCAGUGGAUUGGCCCGGGCCGAGGCUUUGCAUCGAUUCAAGAUGCAAAAUUUAUCCUACUCGCUGCCAAAAUGGCCCUUUGCUACUAUUGUCAGAAGCGAUAAGGAACGGGUUUACGUGCGGUUUCAUUCUGAAGAUUUCGAAACCAAUGCAAUUAAUGAAAUUAAUUGCUUCAAAGAUGGAUACAAAGGACUGCUGGGUGAUGCCAAGGAACGGAUUUGGAAAGACGCUAACGACAUCAUAGCCAAACGACUGGAUGCUGCCACGCGAGCCAUCGAACCCAACCCGGAUGUAGCCGUUGUCGUGCCGGAUCAGGGCACCACGUUGUGGGUUGAAAAGUAUCGCCCCAAACGCUACGUUGACCUUCUGUCGGAUGAAACCACCAACCGGAGUCUGCUGGAGUGGCUCAAACUUUGGGAUAAAGUAGUGUUUGGACGAGAACCGAAAGAGAAGAAAGAUACGAAGCAAUUGAACAGCUUCAACAAGAAAACCGGCCGUUUCGAGUCCAAUGGAGGAUGGAAGAAGAAGAAUCGGUCUGCUUUAAAUACGGAUUUGGAUGAACAUGGACGUCCGAUGCAGAAGGUGGCCCUGCUAUGCGGUCCUCCCGGUUUGGGUAAAACUACAUUGGCACACACAAUUGCACGACAUGCCGGCUAUGUAGUGCGUGAAGUCAACGCUUCCGAUGACCGCAGUCCGGAGGCAUUCCGGGUAGCGUUGGAAAGCGGCACCCAGAUGAAGUCAGUACUGAAUGAGGAUAAGAGGCCGAACUGCAUUGUGCUGGAUGAAAUUGAUGGUGCUCCAGUGGCCACAAUUGACUUUCUGUUGAAGUUCAUAUCCGGGGCGGUUACGCAGAAGGGUGGCAAAAAAGGAAAAGGAGAAAAAGCGGACAAGUUCAUUCUGAAGCGACCCAUCAUUUGUAUUUGCAACGACAUGUACGUUCCGGCACUGCGGCAGUUGAGGCAGGUUGCCUUUGUGGUUAACUUUCCACCCACGGAAUGUGCGCGACUUGCCGAAAGACUCCUAUUGAUCGCCAAACGGGAGAAAAUCGAAACGGAUCUAACGUCGAUGUUGGCACUGGCCGACAAAUCGGGCAACGACGUCCGAUCGUGUUUAUCCCUGUUGCAGUUCUACAGUUCCCUGAAGAAACCCAUCCGGUUGACGGACGUCCUAAAGAGCACCGUCGGCCAGAAGGACCGUCACAAAGGCCUGUUCGGUAUCUGGUCGGCUAUAUUUCAGAUUCAACGUCCCAAGAAGACCCUCGCGGAAGCAGACAGCUUCGAAAGCGAUGCCAUCGUCACACUCACCGAUAUGUCGCCGGCAACCCGAAUGACCAACAUCUUGGACGUGAUUCACAUGGCAGGCGACCAGGACCGGCUGAUGCAGGGAGUGUUCGAAAACUAUCUGCACCAGAAAAUGCCCGAUCCGAACAUGGUCGGGGUGGCCGAGGCCGGCGAUUGGUUCUGCUUCAACGAUCGGAUCCAGCAGUUCAUCAACCAUCAGCAAAACUACUCCGUCUAUCCGUACCUGGCGUAUGGAUUUGUGGUGUGGCACUAUUUGUUCGCCAGUUUGGCCUGGCCGAAAAUCAAUUUCCCGAGCAAGGGUUUCGAGAAUUCGCAAAAGCUGGCUACCUGUAAGCUGAUACUCACCGGCCUACGGAAAGGUCUAUCGGCGCAAUUGAAAGGAAUCGGCGAAGGACCAACGGUGCUGCUGGAUACGGUGCCGUUGCUGAAGCGCGUGAUAAACCCUUCGUUGCGGUCGGUUUCCAUUCAGUUGUUGACACCGAAGGAAAAAUCUGAUUUGACUCAUACGGUGGAAGUGAUGGCCGACUUUGGUCUCAACUACAUUCAGCUGAAGUCUACCGACGGAACAUAUGCCUAUCAGCUAGAUCCGGAUAUCGAGCAACUGGGUCACUUUACCGGUUUCGGCAGCCAACAUUUGAACUAUUUCGGUAAGCAGCUGGUAGCUCGGGAAGUUGAGCUGGAACGUAUGCGACGAGCUCAACCGAAAGCGGCUAACAAGGGUCCGUCGGCCACCCUGACCGAAAUUAAAGAAGGACCCAGUGGGCCCAAGAAAAACAAAAAGGCUGAACCACGGAAGGAGUCGACGGCGCAGCUACCGAACCAUUUGCAAACUUUGAAGCCGAAACAAAUCUCCGAAAAGGUGAAGCAGGUGGUUUCGAAGGAUUUCUUCGGCCGUGUAACUACGAAGGAGACAGUAUUAUCUGUUCAAGAAGGUGGAACUGAUACUAUUGUGAAAAGUCCGAUCUGGUAUCGGUACAAGGAAGGGUUCAACAACGCAGUGCGAAAAGACGUAACGCUACUCGACUUGAUGUAAGUGCAUUAAUUACAAUAACAAGUUUCUUGUAAAUGAAAAA